CAGCCCUCUGCCUCCUCCUCAGGGCUCUCCCUCUUACAGUCCACUCAUCCUACUAACAGGGGGAUUAUAUUAACCUGCAUUUGAAUGUGUUUACCUCAAUUUUCCCCAAUCUGUGCAUCACCUGGGUAAGAUUUGUUUCUUUUUCUGUGGGUUAAAGUCGAUAAAAGGUUAUAUGGUGUGUAAGUUCUGUUGUGCCUAUUCGUGGUUUCUUGACGGAGAAGCAGUUGCUUCAUUAGAGCAGCGUUGGAGCUCCAUUGAGCAGAGAAGGGAGAGGGUAAGGAAUAUUUGGAAGAAGAAGAGAAAUAAGAAAAAAUGGGUGUGCAAAAAGAAGAUGUGGAGAAGUUCCUCCAAGACAACCCUGCGUUUAUUACAAAGUACUUUUCUAAAACAAUGAGCCCUUCUUCUAUAUCGAAGAUAUCAGGACUCCCAGAGAAAGAGAUUGAUUUUGCAAAGCUGGAGGAGCUUUGUCGGGUUGAAGAAAGCCGAAUAAUGUUUGACCUGAUCAAAGACAUGCAGGAGAAUAUUAACAUGGAAAAGGUGAUCUUCAAGAUCCUGAAGAGACUUGGAGCUCUCAUCCACGCCGACCGCUGCAGCCUCUUCAUGUACCGGCAGCGGAACGGUAUCGGAGAGCUCGCCACGAGGCUCUUUAAUGUGACAACAAAUUCAGUCCUGGAGGAUUGCGUAGUUCCACCAGACUCUGAGAUUGUCUACCCCUUGGACUUGGGUAUAGUCGGCAACGUGGCCCUCACCAAGAAGAAUGUCAAUGUGAAAGAUGUCAAACAGAGCCAGUACUUCAGCUCAUUUGUUGAUGAACUCACAGAAUAUGAGACCAGGAACGUGCUGGCAACGCCCAUCCACAAUGGCAAGGACCUGGUGGGAGUGAUUAUGGCCCUGAACAAGACCACAGGACCACAUUUCACUGCCCAGGAUGAAGACCUCUUCUUGAAGUAUCUGAAAAUUGCUUCUCUGAACCUUAAGAUCUUUCACCUAAGUUACCUCCACAACUGUGAGACCCGUAAAGGACAGCUGCUGCUGUGGUCUGCCAACAAGGUGUUUGAAGAGCUGACGGAUAUUGAGCGCCAGUUUCACAAAGCCUUGUACACGGUCCGAGCAUACCUCAACUGUGACCGUUAUUCUGUGGGCUUACUAGACAUGACAAAGGAAAAGGAAUUCUUUGACAUCUGGCCUGUGUUGAUGGGAGAGCAGCCACCUUACAGCGGCCCCAUAACUCCUGAUGGCAGGGAGGUAAUUUUCUACAAAGUGAUUGACUACAUCUUGCAUGGAAAAGAAGACAUCAAAGUAAUACCUAAUCCCACUCCAGACCACUGGGCCUUGUGCAGCGGCCUUCCCACUUACGUUGCUGAGAGCGGAUUUAUUUGUAACAUCAUGAAUGCGGCUGCUGAUGAGACGUUUCACUUCCAGACAGAGCCGCUGGACGACAGUGGCUGGACUAUAAAAAAUGUUCUCUCGCUUCCAAUUGUCAACAAGAAAGAAGAAAUAGUCGGUGUGGCAACGUUUUACAACAGGAAAGAUGGGAAGCCUUUUGAUGAUCAUGAUGAAAAUCUCAUGGAGGCUUUGACGCAGUUCCUGGGAUGGUCAGCUCUGAACACAGACACGUACGACAAGAUGAACAAGCUUGAGAACCGAAAAGACAUCGCUCAAGACAUGGUCCUGUACCAUGUCAAAUGUCGAAAUGAUGAGAUUCAGAAUGUCCUGAACACGAGACAGGUCUAUGACUGCGAACCCUGGGAGUGUGAAGAAGAGGAUCUUCUUGACAUUUUGAAAAAAGACCUGCCGCCUCUUAUCAAGAAAUUUGAGAUCUAUGAGUUCCGCUUCUCGGAUUUUAACUGCACAGAACUGGAGCUGGUGAAGUGCGGGAUCCAGAUGUACUACGAAGUCGGUGUAGUGAAGAAGUUCCAGAUCCCUCAAGAAGUGCUGGUUCGUUUCAUGUACUCGGUCAGUAAAGGCUACAGGAAAAUCACCUACCACAACUGGCGUCAUGGCUUCAACGUGGGACAAACCAUGUUCACAUUGUUAACGACAGGGCAUCUAAAGCGAUACUACACAGACCUAGAGGUUAUGGCUAUGAUAACUGCAGGAUUUCUGCAUGAUAUUGACCACAGAGGAACAAAUAAUUUGUACCAGGUCAAAUCUGGUAACCCUCUGGCCAAGUUACACGGCUCCUCCAUCCUGGAACGACACCAUCUAGAAUUUGGAAAGUUCAUUCUCUCUGACGAGUCACUGAAUAUCUACCAGAACCUAAACAGGCGGCAGGUAGAUCAUGUGAUUCAUCUUACCGACAUUGCUAUCAUUGCCACCGACCUGGCUCUUUAUUUCAAGAAGAGAACAAUGUUCCAAAAGAUUGUGGAUCUUUCAAAGACAUAUGAAGAUGAAAAGAAAUGGGUGGAUUUCAUGUCUCUAGAAACAACCAGAAAAGAGAUUGUCAUGGCCAUGAUGAUGACAGCAUGCGACUUGUCUGCCAUCACAAAGCCCUGGGAAGUGCAGAGCAAGGUUGCCUUGUCUGUGGCGGCAGAGUUUUGGGAGCAGGGUGAUUUGGAGAGGACAGUGCUGGAACAGCAGCCUAUUCCCAUGAUGGAUAGAAACAAAGCAGCAGAGCUUCCAAAGCUACAAUGUGGUUUCAUUGACUUUGUCUGCACGUUUGUCUACAAGGAGUUUUCUCGCUUUCACCCACAAAUCCAGCCCAUGUUAGAUGGUAUCCUUAACAACAGGAAAGAAUGGAAUGCAAAAAAGGAGGAAUAUGAGGCUAACCUGAAAGCCAUAGAGGAAGAGAAGGCUGCAAAAGAGGCUGCUAAGGCAGCAAAAGCUGGUGCAAACAACCCGACUGGUGGAGGCUCCAAGACCUGCUCCGUUUGCUAAAAGCCGCUAAAGACAGAGGAAGUCCAGAAUCGUCUGAAAACGAUAGCGGACAUAUCAGACUGACUGGCGAGUUAAAAUGUUUUAAAAUAAGGAACUUGGAUGUGUUUGCAAAGCACUGGAGUUUCAAUUAGAGAAGAAAAACCUGAGUAGAGAGAUCUCUGCACUUAAAAUACUGGGAAAAGGUAGAACAUCACUCAUUAUCGGGUUGUCACUGAGGUCCUGAAUCAAAGUUUGUCGUGUUUAAAUGGAAACAGCUAUGAUUUUUUUUGUUUCUAACAAAUUUGUUUUCUUUUGAGAAUCAGUUUUAGGUACUUCUAGUAUUCUACACUUAUGUUACAGUGCUCUUGUCCCGAGUCUUGUCCCUUAUGUAUAGAUGAUAAGCUUUUGUAUGUUUUUUGUUUCAUUGCAGCAGGUGUCACAAGACAAAUACUUAACAUAGCAAAUGGCACUUGUAUGCAUUGUAAUACAUAAAGCAGAAAUGUAGUUCUGUUAAGACUUUUAUGGGCAAGUCAAGACUGUAAAAAGGGCUGCAUAGAAAGUAGAACAUUCACUGCAUCUUAUUUUCCAGCAACUGUUUUCUAUGUUCACUCUUUCCAGUCACUAUUUACAAAUGAGUGUGUUUACCUUGACUGCAGAAAGCUAUAUCUACAAUUUGCUACAAUUAGUAAGGCACCUUGCCAUGUGGUAAUCCUGUGCAAUAGAUAUGUAAGUGUGCAAUCAGCAAAGUCUGUAGCUGCUUAUCUGUGAUGCCUUUAUCAUGUACAUACUGAGUCUGAUUGUGUGUAUGUGUGUGUGAGAGAGAAAAUAGCCUAGAAAACAUUUUAUAAAGUCGAUAAAAAUGUUAGGUGGUCCAACAUAAAAACUGUGAUUCAAAUUCUUUUGCAUUUUAUCAGUUCGGACUGGAAUGCUUGUCUUCAAGAAGUAAGAGCAGCAAGUAAAAAAUGGCUUUGAAAAUAAGCCUAUAUAUUAUUUAUGGUCUACUUUUUAAAUGAAGGGGUGAGCCACAGAACAUCCUCCAGGGAAUGAAGAGAAGAACUUUAUGCAACCAUUUAUGUGAUGACUCAAAGAAACACAAACAAGGUGCAAAGUUUACUCAGAACAUCAGCUCCAGGACCGCAACCCAGGACCGUGGUGCUGCGGGCCAGCAGUGUUACCCAUUCUGACUCCUGGCACACAGAACUGUUUUAGACAUGAUCGACCUCUGUGUAACAUGUACAUACUGCUUCUACUCUUGUAAAUAUAUAAAAAAAGAAAUUUUUCAAUAGCUAUGCUUAUUUUUAUUAGAAAGAUCUGCAGACUAAUAAUUUUAUUGCUCUUAUUGAACUAUGAGUGUAUCGUGCUUGCCUCACUUUAACUUCUACAUAUUCCACUUUUUAAAGUAAAGCGAGGUUGCAGUGUAUAAAAUCAAAUAUUAGGUAUAAAUUGAACAAGCAUCUGCAGGUUACAUCUGUAACAAAUUUUAUGUAGUUAUUUUAUUUUGCCGCCAGUGAGUUAGCUUGCCUCGUCGUCUGAUCCUUGUGUACAAUGAUGACCCAAAUAAAGCAAAUGUAUUUUUA